AAUUUGUAUAAAAGAUUGAUAACGUUUGUAGUCAUUCGGACUCUUGUCAAACAACGAAUUUCUGGCGUAGUAAUACAGUGACUAAGCAAAAUGGUGGCUUCAAGUUUUUCUGCUAAUGUUGAAUUUAGAAGAGUAGACUAAGGAAAUCUGUAUAAUGAAACGGCAGGAUGAUAGAGGAGGCAUGCCGAAGGGAAAGCGUCCACGUUUAUCCGACGAUGUGUCUAGAGACAGGUACUCUCCCGAGCGCGGCAGGCGGGAGAGACGCGGGGGAAGUUUGAGCCGGGGGCGCAGCCCCGCGCGCCCGCCUUCCGCUUACCGCGAGGAUUUAGAACUACUCUCGGCGAAGUACGACAAGCGUACGACGACGACGCGUGAUCAUGGCCUGCUACGGGAGAGCUUCAAGGGUCCUCCGGGCGUCGAUAGAGGGGCAGAGUACUCCUCCCUCUGCGUCAGCUACCUGAACAAUCAGGUGGCGGACAGCAUGAUCCGCGACGCCCUCUACCAAGAGUUCAAGAAGUUCGGCGAGUUCAACAUCAAGGUCACGAACCGCGGCGACGAGCGCGUCGCCUACCUCAACUUCCGUUACCCGGACGACGCUCGUGAGGCGAAGCACGCCCGCAUGCGCCUCGUCCUCUUCGACAAACCCGUCCACAUCGAGUCGGUCUACAACAAAAACAAGCGCAGCUUCAGCCCGGAGUACCGCGACCGCGGCCCCGCCAUCCUUCCGGGCCCCGGGGGGAGGCCCGCGCUGGUGAGGGGACCCCCUGGCCCGCCCGAGGGUGUGCCGGGGAGGGGGUUCGCGGGGAGGGGGAGGGGUUACCCCGGCGGCGGCGGCGGGAGCUACGACAAGUUCGCGGACAAGGACAAGCGGCGCGACUUCCCCGACUACCUGACCCACGUCGACCCCGAAGACGACCAGAAGGCGACGCGGACGAUCUUCAUCGGCAAUCUCGACCCGAACAUCCCGGAGGAGGAGCUGAAGCGUCUCUUCGGGAAGUACGGCACGAUCGAGGACAUCGACGUCAAGCGGCCGACUCACCCGGGCCAGGGCAACGCGUACGCCUUCCUCAAGUUCGACAACCUCGACAUGGCGCAUCGCGCGAAGGUCGAGAUGUCCGGCCAGUACAUCGGGAAGUUCGAAGCGAAGAUCGGCUACGGGAAGGCGAACCCGACGACGCGACUCUGGGUUGGCGGGCUCGGGCCGUGGACCUCCCUCGCCGCGCUCGAGAAGGAGUUCGAUCGGUUCGGCGCGAUACAGAAGAUCGACUACGUGAAGGGAGACAACUACGCGUACGUGCAGUACGACAGCAUGGACGCCGCUCAGGCCGCCUGCCAGGAGAUGCGCGGAUUCCCGCUCGGCGGCCCCGACAAGCGGCUGCGCGUCGACUUCGCAGAUCCCGAGGGAUUCGUCCCGGUGCCGCGUCGCGGUCCACCGCCGGCUGAUCGCGUCGCCGAGCGAUACCCGCCGGCGGAAUUCGCCGCCGCGUCCUUCCGGGGGGAGGGCUCCGGGGAUUGGAACGGGGGGAGUUUCCGCGGGGGUCCCCGGCGCGGGGGAGGAGGGGAGUUUACGCGGGAGGCGUGGCGCGGGGGCCGGGGUGCCGGCGUGCGCGGACGCGGGCAGUACGAGGCGGCGGCGGGGGCGCGCGUCGGCGCGGGGAGGGGUCGCGACUUCAGCCCCGGUCACGGCGACCGCCACGCGGCGUACGACGCCACCUACGACGACCGCCGAGGGGGCGCCACCGCGGCGGGGGCGGGUGCCGCCGCGUUCUCCAGUUACGGGCGCGACCGUACGCCGGAUCGCCGUGGCGACCGCGCGCUCCCCUACGAACCCCGCGAUCGCGACUUCAGCCCCGACCGGCGGCUCGACCGCGAGCGUUACCACGGCGACGACUUCGAGCGGCGCGAUCGCCGCGGCGUCGUCGAUCACGUCGCUACGGUGGCCGACCUCGCCAAGUGUUUCCCCGUCGGCUUCCACGGAUGCCUGCUGCUGAAGAACAGCGCGUUCUCGUGCAAGAUGCACAUCGUCGGUGGCGACCCGCUCAUCGCAGACAUGCUGCUCAAGGACACGGUCACCACGGAGACGCUGCGCAUCACGCAGAGGCUGCGCCUCGACCAGCCGAAGCUCGAGGACGUCUCGAAGCGCAUCUCGGCGCCCUCUGGCGGCGGGUUCUGCCUGCUGCUGGCGAUGCCCGGCUCGGCGCAGCCGGACGACGCCGCGCUGCAGCAGCGCCCUCUGAAGAACCUUGUGACGUACCUGAAGCAGAAGGAGGCGGCGGGCGUGAUCGCGCUGCAGGGGAAGGAGAAGGACGGCGGCGGGGGAAUCCUGUACGCGUUCCCGCCAUGCGCGUUCACGUUGGACAUCCUCGUGCGCAAGGCGCCCAACCUGAACGCCGACACGUCGAAGGACGACCAUCUCGUCGUCGCCAUCGUCCGCGGAUCGUCAUGAGCGCCCUGUACGCCCCCGCCGCGCGCGCGGGGGAGCGUCGAGCGAAGUCUCGUGCGUUUGUGCGCGCGUUAGUUCUCCUUCCCCCUGAGUUCUCGUCGGGAUGGGGAGUAACGCCUGACAGCUGCCACUCGCCGAAUGUGAGAUUCGCCGAGUUCUCGGCGCGGUCCGAGUAGAAGGCAGCGGGAAUCCGGCACAAGCAAGCAAGACGUCCGAUCGCUGCACUCACUCGCGUGACAUUGCCGAGAGAGCUGAGUCGCGAGGUGGUACCGGUGUGAGGCAUUUGGCGAGCGUGGGUCGGUGAGCUCGGAUGAAGCCGAUGCAAGAUGAAUCGGCAUUUCCGCGCUGGUGUCGCCGUAAAGUUUUCCUGCGAUCCCUCGAUGGCGUGUCGAUGUUAUACCUUCGCAGGUGAAAUCCGCUGUGUAUUAGACGCAAGGUUCGUUACAGUGCAUUAAUUGUAAUCUUCACAGAUCGAAAAGUGUAGCGUACGCGCAAUUGUUUUAGACGUUCGGCCGGCCGUGACAAAUUUGUGGUGGAUGUCCCGGAUCGUUAAGUGUAGUAAGCGAAUCUCCGUUUGUGUGUCGUGAUGAGAUGUGCAAGAGGUGAUCAAUCUUCGAAAUGUGUCAUAUUGAUGUGCACGUCACGUGUGUGUGUGUGUGUGUGCUUACCGGUUCUUCGAUUGUGAAUUAUUUUACGAGCUGCGAAUUUGUCGAUGUGGAAACGGUCGGUGUGCAUGCUUCCGUGCGCUCACGUGGCAGUGUUGUUCUCAUUGGCAGUGUUUACCACACGUGUUUCUGAUGACGCAUGAAGGAGGAAACGCAAAGUGUAUUCGACCCUAUGGUCUGACCGUGUAUCUUAAAAUAGUGCCAUGUGCACUCUCUCUCCGUGUGUUAGUGUUGUACGUAAUCGCAUUAACUUGUUCUUCUACGUGUCAAUCGUAUCGGAAGUGUUAUAAUGCAAAAGUGCAGGGAAGUUGUGCGACAUACCCUAACCUACAGUGAGUGUUCGUGCGUGAGUGUGUGUGUGUGCGUGCGUGUGCAUGACUUUGUGCUAUCUAAAGACGAUGGAAGCCUCAUUGAAAUCCCAGCUGGGAAGGUUCUGUGCACAUGGAUCGGGCAUUCGUCGUUGUGCGAGCCAAAAUCAUGUUUAACAUGCUGCGUUCUUGAAAGUUACGUUUAUUUACCUCUACGCUCCGGCAAAACAUUUGAAGACAUUUUUUUUUACACCCGCUCGCAGUUUAUUAUUGGAAGUUUUUAUUUUUCUACACGAUACAACUUGUUGGACCUGAGAGCAGCGAUGAUGACGCUGCGGUGGUUCUAGUCUAUGAAAUACUACGAAUUGUUCAUUUGCAGCCACUGAUGUGUUCAGCUGAGUGUGAGAGUGUCCAUCUACCUUGUACAGCUUAUACACUCGUGUUUCUCCUCGUGCUAAGAGCUGUCGGAUUCGGUUGCUGCCCCUAGCAACCGUAGCAGAGAGGCCGUUCAGAGAUAUUGCUUGUGUUCAGUGCACAUUGAUGAUUCAGGAAUGUGGCCGAGUUCUUUUUUUCACCACCUAUCACGCGUGCAGCUGUAAAUUGAGGCGAAAAUAGUGCCGGCAUGUCGAUGACGAUGUUGUGUUUGUCGGAGGUGUGCGGAUGUGGCCGAUCUUCGAUCUAAUGUGUUCAGUGUUAAGUGCCGAGGUGUUGUGGGCGGGAGACCGGCGGCGAAGAAACGGCGAAAAUAUUCUAGCAGAUUAUACGAGUGAAAAAGUUUCUUGCUCGUUUACGUGUGUGCGUGAAACCUUAACGUGUUAGUUGUGACGAUGUAUUCGGAUCGUUUACGGUGUAUCGUAGUAGAAAAGCUGAAGUGUAUUAUAUUGUGCAGUGAAUCUAUCUCUCUAUCUCGUGCUAACAAUGUUUAACUGAAAGUGCCAUUGUGUUCAUAAUAAUCCGUGUUAGAAAUCGUCGCAUCGCCCGAAGUGACUGUGUGCCAACGUAAUCAAGUUCCGUGUCCGAAACUCGCAUGCCAAGCGGAGCGAGUUCGACGAUCAGGUGGUUUGUAGUGCUACUCUGGGCAAGGACAGAGAUAGCGUUUCACAUCUACGCGCACAGCGGCGCCACCUGGACGUCUGAUACGUGAUCGAUCGGUGCGAGUGUGUUAUUGUGGUGGCAUCGCGGCGGACUGCGGGAAAGCACGACGUCUGCUCUUGUGUUUGUGUCGUCCCCGAGCGCGCGCCGCGACGCAUUGCGGUGGACCGUGUUGUCGUGAGGCCGGCGCCCUCUAGUGAGAGACUGGAGCGAAGUGCGACGCAAUCGGCUGUGAGAGUGAGACUGCCGUCGUCGUGAGUGUGUCCGCGAGGCGUGUGCCGUCGGACUGUGUUAGAGCGAAGUGCUGCGGAGAGAGGGCGCCGGCGUUGUAUCGCGUCGUCCCGCCGGAUCGCGGAUUCUGUCUUUUUACAGUGCAUACACCCGUGCAUGUGUGUUAGUAUGCUGAUGGAACUGCUCUCGCGAGGAACAGCCUCUCUUUAUCGUGUCGGUACCUGCCAGCGAUCGGAUGGAUCAUGUCCUGAAGAUGCACCGGAAGAAUGCCGGAGAAGGACGAAGGGAGAAGUCGCUGCGACUGGGGGUCGCUCGGGACGAGACGAUGGUCGCAUUCUGUUUCUCGCGGGCGGCGGCGGGGGGAGGGCGUCGCGCUGCGAUCCGCCGGAAUGAAGUCUCGUCUCGUCUCGGGCGGUUUCUGCGGACUCCGUGGGUGCCUUUCUUUGUGGGUGUCUCGCUGUCUGAAUCCCCGCCGACACUGGCCUGCACGCAAACCAUGAUCGUUAGACGCGACGUUCGGUCACGACAAACGACGAGCUUCCCGUGCAUCUAACAUCGCUGUACACGAGCUAGUAGAUCUAUAUAGAUCUAUGUGUCUAGUAGUAUCUAUAUAGAUCUAUGCUGCUAGUAGAUGUAUAUUAGAUCUAAUGCGUCUAGUAGAUGUAUAUAGAUGCUAUGCGUCUAGUAGAUGUAUAUAGAUCUAUGCGUCUAUAGAUAUAAUGAUCUAUGGUUAUGAUUAUGCGUCUAGUAGAAUCUAUAUAGAUCUAUCGUCUAGUAGAUCUAUAUAGAUCUAUGCGUCUAGUAGAUCUAUAUAGAUCUAUGCGUCUAGUAGAUCUAUAUAGAUCUAUGCGUCUAGUAGAUCUAUAUAGAUCUAUGCGUCUAGUAGAUCCCUAAUAUAGAUCUAUGCGUCUAGUAGAUCUAUAUAGAUCUAUGCGUCUAGUAGAUCUAUUCAUCUAGUAGAUAUAUGGAGGUCGACUCCAGUGAAUCAAACCUGCCAGUGCGUGCGUGUCGGGGGAUUCAAACAGCAGUGCCUAGAAGGGUCGGGAUUCUCGAACGAGUCGGCGUGUUUUCCCGGACGUCUCUCGUCCAGUGGUGGACCUGAUUGUAUUGAUUGAACCAUCGGUAUAUCGAAAAGUUUGCAUCGUGUAAGUGAACGCUUAUAGUUAUAAAUGAACCGUGGUUCGUUAGAAUCCAUAGUAGUUUAUGUGAAUGGCUAUAGUUCGAAUUAAUAUUCGCUAUUGACUAAUUAGGAUAAUUAAGAAACAGGUAAGGCUGAUGUGGUCUCUUUCGCUCAGUGUUCUCAUUUCAUCUUCCCAGGAGGUGACGUGGAAAACUUGUCUUCAGUUGGAAUUUUAAUCUGGGAUGAUGCGAUUGUAUAUAUAAGUAAAGGGUUGGUCAUGCGCUUUGGAAUCGGCAGGCCAUUUUAAAAGACUCCCGCGCUUUCUGAUAGGAUGAAAUGAGCGGACUUUAGUAGGUUUACGCGAAGCAUAUGCUUAUAUAAUACAUACCGUCGUAAUAACAGCUGUCAAUAAACAUUUCCUAUCAUGUGAAAAUGA